AAUUCACUUUCUGUUCGGUAGUCGGAGCCGCGGGGAAGCGCAGAGAAAGCGCAAAGUGCGAAAAAAACGGAGAAUAAAGCGCAAAAAAAGAAAAAACAAACAGCGUCAAAAACCGCACCGACGCCACAAGCUUCACCUUGUCCACGAACAUGGCGCCGGAGAUUUUUUCGUCUUUUCAUUUAGUUAGCUGGCAGGAUGCUAAUGGGGAAAAGCAAGCGGAAGCAUUGUUGUCUUAGAAGAUAAAUACGUUACUUCUGUGGUUUUAUAUUUAUUUAUGUAUACGAUGUAAAGUCCACGCAUCCAUCCAUCUGUGCGCUGAAUGCCAGGGUUGUGUUCCAAAUAGCGAUGCAUGGGAUCUUGCGCCGAACUCCAUUUAAAAAAAGACCAAUUUUACGUAUUCUUGCAGAAUGUUGGACUUUAAGUACACGACUGGUUUUAAUUUGAAGUAAAAUCUUUUAAGAGUGGCCCAGCCUGUAAUCCGGGAUUAUAUACUGUCCAAUAAGCACGACACAUGUUUUGAUAAAUUAGGGCCAAUCUGCUGUUUGUUGUGGCCUCUGUUUAUCUACAUCAUUGUGUUUGCGCUGGCGAACAGCGGAGGGCGGCAGCGAGCAGUUUAAUGUCAGACUAUAGUGCUUGGUUUUUACUGAGAUAACUGCAUUAUUUAUAUAUAAUUUCACACCCGAGUUUACUAAUCCAAACUAAUGAUGAGUAAAAUAUCAUAAAUACUUAUGUGGGAGUUGACUGUUAAAGCCAGUAUGCAAUUUGGCUUUAAAUAGGAAUAUUUUUAAAGGGAGUUUGGUGUGAAUUUUAGUAGUUUAAUUUAUUUGUGUUUUCACCAGAAUAAUGUCUCUGCACCAAAUAGCGAUGCAUGCAUUAAAAAAUACAAUAAUUUAUUAUCAUAAUUGAUAUAUCAUGAUAUUAUACUAAUAAAUGUAAUAAUAAACUUUAUUUAUAAAGUGCCUUUCCAGCGUUACAAGGUGCUAUAACACAGGAAUAACAAUAUAAAACAUUUCAAAACAUUCAAAGUAUAAAACAAGAAAUAACAAUAAUAAAACAAUGAAACUACAAACAUUAAAGAUAAAACAGUAUAUUUAUAUUGUAUGAUUCCACUAAAAUUCGAGUAGCGAGCAGCCUGAGCUCGUUCUUUAAGUUAAGAUCUUUAUAAAAAUAUGAAACUUGUUCAUAAAUAAUUUCUAUCCCGAAUUCACCUUUCCCAUCUAACAAUACAUUAAAUGUUUUAAGUCAUGUUGUUGGAGUUUAAUAGCAGUUACAAUACGUCAUUUAGUUUAAAACAACAGAAAUUUGAAGGGAGUUCUGCAGCACACUAUAUCUUUCUUUUGGCUAAUUAUGUUACUUAUUAUGAAUUACUGUAAUCGUCAUGGAUACGUUGAAGUAAAAAAUGCUUCCCGUUGUCCUGGACAAUGUCUUAUUUAUAUAUUUGGGCUUUUUGUUGGCAUAUUUGUUGCUGUUCUUCACUUGGAUUCAACAUUUUAUAGAAUUAUUGUCUCUGGCAAAACAAUCAACAAUAAACAAUAAAAUAAUCAGGAUAAAUAUAUAUAUAUAUAUACAAUGUAAUUAAAGCACACAGCACUUAUAUAAAUGCCAUAAAACAGUAAAUAUAUGGAUAUAUAUAAUAAAGUGGUCAGUGAGUGUAUGUGGAACAUCGAUUAGGUGAAUAAUCAAUAAGAAAAUGAAUCUGCAUCUAAACAAUUUUGUUCGAUUCGAUCGAUUUCUGUCGUUUUUUAAAGAAAAAAUGUGAAUUAUGCCUCUGUUUCAGCUUCUCUAGUGUUUGAUCUCCUGUUUUAUAUCAUUAUAAAUUAAAUAUUUUCUAAUCAGCAGAUUAAUCGAUAAUGAAAAUAGUCGUAAUGGAAACGAUGUGAAAACAUGUUAGAAAACCAGAUUUUCCUACAAUACAAACAGUAUCAUGACCUUGUGUGUGUGUGUGUGUGUGUGUGUGUGUGUGUGUGUGUGUGUGUGUGUGUUAUUGAUCCUCAGCUGCACGAUGAGUUCAGCAGCGGAGGAUGACGAGGCUGCAGCGUUAGAAACUGUGAAGUCCGUCACUCUCACUCAGGACAGCGAUGGAAGCAUCAUACUGCACUGUCCUCCCAACGACGAGGACUCGGAGCCCCUCCAGAAGAAACUGCGUCUCUCUGCAGACGAACAGGACGACUCGGACGCGCCUCAGUUCUCCGUGGUCACCUUACCGAUGUCGGAGAACGACGAAGGCUUCGAGGUGACGAUGACGGCCACCGCAGACGCUGAUCUCUCCGAGGAGGGCGUCGCUCAGAUUCAGAUUCUGCAGGAGGAUGAGGACUCUCUCUCGCCCAAUCAGAAAGCAGAGGUGUCACCUGUCAGUCAGGCGUGGUUCACGACCAAAGAAGACAAAGACACUCUGACUAAUAAAGGUCAUAAGUGGAAGCAGGGAAUGUGGUCUAAAGAGGAGAUUGACAUUCUGAUGAGCAACAUCGAACGAUACGUAACAGGCCGAGGCAUCGAAGACCCGGCAGAGAUCAUCUUUGAGAUGUCCAAAGAGGAGAGGAAGGACUUCUACCGCUCUGUGGCGCUGGGCUUAAACCGGCCGCUGUUCGCCGUCUACAGGCGAGUUCUGCGAAUGUACGACAACCGAAACCACGUCGGCAAGUACACUCCUGACGAGAUAGAGAAGCUAAAAGCGCUGAGGGAGAAACAUGGGAACGACUGGGCGACUAUCGGAGCAGCUCUGGGUCGCAGUGCCUCUUCUGUCAAAGAUCGCUGCCGACUGAUGAAGGACACGUGCAACACAGGUAAAUGGAGUGAGGAGGAGGAGAGACGCCUCGCCGAAGUUGUAUAUGAGAUGGCGGGUGUGACACCGGGGUCGGCGGUCACAGGAGGCGUUUCCUGGGCGACGGUCGCCGAUCAGGUUCGCACGCGCUCAGAGAAACAGUGCCGGUCGAAGUGGUUGAACUACCUGAACUGGAAACACAGCGGAGGAACAGAGUGGAUGAAGGAAGACGACCUCAACCUCAUACGCAGGAUUUCGGAGCUGGAAGUGGAGGAUGAGAAUGAAAUCAAGUGGGAGGAUCUUGCAGGCGGGUGGAGCAGCGUCCGAUCGCCUCAGUGGCUACGAUCGAAGUGGUGGAGCAUCAAGAGACAAGUAGCCAAUCACAAGGAGAUCCCCUUCAGCGUCCUCCUGAAGGUUCUCCAGGAGCUGGUGGCAUCCUCACAGACAUCAUCCGGACCAGGAAGCCCCUCCUCCUCCUCACUACAGAUCCGACUCACCCGGCUGGAGGAGGGCGGUGGCAGCCCCGCCCCCAGCUCUGUGGCCGCGCUGCAGAUCCCCGUACAGAUCCCGCUGCAGAUCACACACCUGGCUUCAGAUUCUUCAGCUGCAGCCAGCGACAGUGAAACCAUCACUCUGAACACAGGAGCCCUGCAGACCUUCGAGAUCCUGCCUUCCUUUCACCUUCAGCCCACCGGCACCCCGGGGACCUACUACCUCCAGACGACGUCCAAUCAGGGCCUGCCGCUCAGCCUCUCCACCAGUCAGGGGCUUCCACUCAACAGCACGGUUACCCUGACGACAGGCUCCUCUCCAUCGUCGCACGAGCACAUCAUCCUCCACAGUCUGUCGACGGACGGCCUCUGCUCCAGCGAUGGCGUCAUCAUCCAGACAGUCACCUCCGACCCCGCCUCCUCAGACCCUCUCAGCCAAUCGCAGCUGGUGGUGGAGACAGAGGGGCGGAGCCAGGACGACCGGCUCGAAGCCACAAGUCUCCUGGAGGGUUCGGAGAGCGUCGUCACGGAAACUCAGGAGCCAAUGACAGACGGCUUCUCUGACAAGGAGCUGAGUUCCUCCUCUGUCGAGGGUCCAGUGGUGCAUUCUGGGAUAACGUCUGGCAGCGCCGUGCUGAUUGUGUCUCCUCCCAACAUCAGCAGCACACUGACAGAUCCGAUCUUGGAGAACCAGGACGGCUCCGACUGAGCCGAACUCCCGCCGCGUCGUGGCAGGCGAUGUUUGAAAAGGACUACAGGAGGAGGCUGCUUCACUUCCUGUCUCUUUCUUCUUCUUCUGCUGCUGCUCCUGCUGCUUUUGCUGCUGCACAGGAGGACAACAAAGCUCCUGACUCCUCCUCUCCUAACCCAGGAUGUGAACACGUUUUAAAAACAGACUCAUGUGGUUGUAAAUGAACUGAAAUCGGUGUGAAUGUGUUUUAAAGCGCCACACUGAACCCCCUGGAUGAAAUGUGAAAGUGGCGCCGAGCGAGCCCGGCCUUCAGCGGACGUCCUACAGUGCCAAAGAGACUCUAAAAGGCCCCCCUAAAAGACCCCCCAUGUUCAUACGUACGUGUAAUUAUGUAAAGAUGAAGAAGUUCUUGAAUGAUGUCCCUUUUUGUCCCUUUUUGUCAUGGAUCAUGUGAUCAUAAAAAUAAAACUAUUUCAAUUGUG